ACCUGCGUCCCCCGCUAAGUCUCGCUCCUUCGAUAACUUUGUUGGUGACUCUUUCUCUUGUUGUACCUUUUAUGUGUGACCCUCUCCAUGGAAAAGUCAUUUGCUCUCUCUCAUCUGUGCCCCAAAAACCAGUCCCCAAACGAAAUAACCGCAAACCCUAGUUUCCAUAGAAUCGAAAGCUCCGAAAUGCCCUAACCUGGCACGAAUGGUCUCUGCAGCUCCAUGACUUUGAAGAAACCCUAAACCCAAAAUCUCCAUUCUUGAAGGGAAAGAGGCAUGAAGUAGAAAGAGAAAGAGAAGGCAUAAAUGAGUCCUCUUAAUCUGCGCAUUACUCUUAUUUGGAGUCCUCAAUUAUCAAGAAAGAAUUAGUUUCCUGUGAAGAGGAAUUCAAAAGCUAUUGAUGCUCAUAUCCAAUGGAACCGGAAGUCUUAGAUGCAGAUAUUCUCUUACCCCCUGUUCUCCCUUUUAAGAGGGUGCAGAUGUCCGAUAAGUACCCAAAAGGAGCGAAUAGAGGCAGGCAAUGGAAACACCUGAAGCAUAUCCUUCAAGCUGAGAACUAUCAAAACUAUCCUCCAGAUGAGCCCAACUAUGUUAACAUUGAGGCUCCACCUUCGAUUUACCCUGCCAAGAAGUUUUGCGAUAUAACUGGAUUUGAGACUCACUACACGGACCCAAAAACGAAGCUCCGCUAUGUAAACACUGAUGUGUUCAAGCGCAUCAGAUAUCUGCCAAAUGAUUAUGUCCAGAGGUAUUUAUCCAUAAGGAAUGCAGCCGUGGUUCUAAAGUAACCAUCACUAUAUAUGUAUUUUUAUAUGAUUAUAGACUUGUCACAGAGAUAUGGUCAUAAACACAGUGACAGCCUUGAAUCAAUGUUUAAUCUAAUGUUUACCCAAACUUGCCAUGAGUCUAAAUCCUGGAAGGGUCAUGGGUGGUUGACUGGUUUAGACAUGGUUCGGCUCAUUUUUGAGAACGUAUAUAUUUAGAUGUAAUGUAUAGAUUAACCCUGCCUGUAUUUUGAUAUAUUUAGAUUGAUUUCUUU